AUGACCCCCCGACUUCCCAAGCCCGGACCGUCCGCAGAAGCCGCCAAUGCUACUCCCACAGCCGACAACAUUGGUCAACAAGGUGUUUCAAGUGCAAACGGCCACGGCUCUCUUCCUGUUCCAACACGGAGGCAACGCAACGCGCGCCUAACCCACCCAGAUUACGCUCCGCGCCCUCAACCCCUAAAGGCCCGGGGACCCGCAGGAGAAUCUGUAGCAUCAUCCACAGCAUGCUCUACUCCUGCCAACAGUAAUGCGAUAAUGGUGAGCAAUGGGCAGCAUAGCGGUUUUCUUGCGGUCCUUGUUCCUGAUGCUACUCACCCUCAACUCAGCGUUAGUAGCGGCAAUCCCGGCACCACAUCUCGGGCAGACGAAACCCAGGAUCAAACAGCACCCAGGCGCGUGCGAGUUGCUAAGAGGCCCAAGGUCAAUCAGCCUGCAGUCAGUGACAUUGCACUCAGCGGCAUUCACCCAAGGGGGAACACGGGACGAAAUUUCUCAAACGCCCUUGACGUGAACACCACCAAUGCGGUCGUCCAUUUUGAGCCACCGGAGAAUGACGACACCAUUCCUACGACAGACCACAAGGAGCAGGAGAUUGUUAAGACGCUUGUAGAUGCGAUUUACCACGUCGACCCUCCUCUUCCGAAUGCGAAACCAUACACCGUUGCCUUUCAAGCCCGCUGGAUCAACCGAACGCACUAUAAGCCGGCGCACAUCGAGAUGCUGGCGUGGGAAAUUGUCCAAAAGACAAUCAAGAUCCACACUGAGGGCUGGACGGAGCCAAUCUACGACGAAAGUCUCAUGGCCCAGAUCCUCACUACGAAGCACAUGAAAUUCGCCGAAAGAAUGACUUCGAUCGAGUCCCUUCUCAAGGGCUCGAAGGACGCCUGCGAAAGUGCCCUCAAGCGGGAGAAGAUUUGGACAAUAAUUGGCACUGCGCCAAUUAUGUUUGAUCGGCUGUCUGUCAAUAAGAAGCAGAAUAAGACGAAGGCAAAACGUCUCGAGAUAGCCAAAGCAGUGGAGGCCGAAAUUGAGAAAUUAAAGCGCGCUUCUGGUGACUCCAUCCCAGCGGCGGCUCAACUCAAUGACACUGCCAGCUCGAGCGUUAGCACUGCAGCCGUCGCAUCAGCCGAUAACGCUGCUUCUGAUACUGUCCAGGAUGGCCUAAGAAGGCAUGAGGUUUCUGCUGUUGACCCCAACCCUAUUGUGGCGGAUGGGGUGAACCAGACGAGUGCUUUCGAGACCCAUCAGGCAAAGACAGCGAACGCAAUUCAGACCUCUCAGGAGAUGGCGGCAGUCCAUGGCCAGCGCUUUACCGCAGCGUGUGAUAACGCUCCAUGCUUCCCUUUCAGCGCAGUCCUGUCAGACUCUCAGAGCAUUAUUACGCAGAGUCCUAGCGAUGGAACCACUACCCAACCUCCAAUUGGGUUCAACCAUCCCAGCGUUUGCAGCGAGUCAGGGAUUUCGUCCUUCGGAGAUUCCUUUGAUGUCGGCACUUUCCCUCAAUUGCAACAGGGGCUCGGGGAUUUGCCACUCGGGGAGCCCACGACAUUCUUGGACCAGUCCCAGUGCAACUAUCCCGGACAUACGGCAUGCGGAACAGAACCCAGCUUUGUCUGGAGUGAUCGGCUGCUGGGCCGGGCUGCCCCAGAUCUCGUACAUCAUAGCGACACCACCGUCCACCAAACUUCGUGGAUUCAGCCACUGGCCUCUGCAAUUGGCAAGCGAUCCCGGGACCACAGUGGCGGCGAGAAAGACGCGGAUUUCGAUGGACAGUGCUUGCACGAGGCUCCCUUGUUGAAGAAGGCGCGUGUUUCAAAAACUCCUCGAGUGCCUAACGCUCGUUCUCCUAAGAAGUAA